CAAGCUGCCUCCCCCUUGUCUCAGUGGUAUAUUCCUACCCAUGAUGCUCUCCAAAGAAGAUGAUGGCGGGUGUUUGAUUUUAUUUUGCUGCAGCAUCGAUAAGCCAAAGUAGGAGGUUCUGUGAAGAAGAGGUUACACAAUAAAAAGCCCUGACAUGGCAGGACCCAUCCAGCCCAUUGACCGCUGCUCGGUGCACCAGAUCUGCUCCGGACAGGUCGUGCUGAACCUCGCCACCGCCAUGAAGGAACUGGUGGAGAACAGUCUGGAUGCAGGAGCUACAAACAUAGACAUUCGUCUGAAGGAGCAUGGCUCAGAACUACUGGAGGUGGUGGACAACGGCUCAGGAGUGGAGGAAAGCAACUUUGAAGGACUCACCCUGAAGCACCACACCUCCAAACUACAGGACUUCUCUGAUCUGACGUCAGUUGAAACAUUUGGGUUCCGUGGAGAAGCCCUGAGCUCCCUCUGUGCUCUUAGUGACUUGUCUAUCACAACCUGUCACAAGGAUGCUCAUGUUGGCACCAAGUUAGUGUACGAUCACAAUGGCAAACUCAUCCAGAAGGCUCCAUGUGCUAGGCAGCAAGGCACCACUGUCACCAUCCAGCAGAUAUUCAGCACACUCCCGGUUAGACACAAGGAAUUCCUUAGGAAUCUUAAGAAGGAGUACUCCAAGAUGUUGAAUGUGCUGUAUGCAUACUGUGUCAUCAGCACAAAUGUGAGAAUCACCUGCACUCAUCAGGCUGGCAAAGGUAAGCGCACGACUGUGGUAAGCACCAAUGGGAAUGCCAGCCUGAAGGAGAACGUGACCAACGUGUUUGGUCCCAAGCAGCUGUCAGGCCUGCUGCCGUUUGUCCAGCACAGACCCAGUCAGGAGGUGGCUGAGGAGAUGGGGGUCCAGGGGGGCAACAGCACCGAGCACUUCAGUAUUACAGGUCACUUGUCCACGUGUUCCCAUGGCCAGGGAAGGGGCAGUGCAGACAGACAGUACUUCUUCAUCAACAAGAGGCCCUGUGAUCUUCCUAAGGUUUCCAAGGUUGUGAAUGAAGUCUACCACAUGUACAACAGACACCAGUAUCCAUUUGUAGUCCUGGACAUCUCCUUGGCCAGAGAUUCGGUGGAUGUGAACGUGACACCAGAUAAACGACAGGUGUGGCUACAAGAGGAGAGAACACUGCUGGCAAUAAUCAAGACGUCCCUUAUGCAAAUGUAUGAGCCCACAUCUUCUGUGUAUGCAGUGAACCAGGCUGUUCUUCCCAACACAGUUGCAGCCUCAAAUCUUCAAUUACCAUCACCUGACAACAGAGACAGCAGAGAGACGUGUGGAGUAACUUCCAGUGUCAAGGACAAGAGAGCUUCCAGCAUUUCAUUGGCAGGGCUCAAAAGAUCCUUCUCGCAUCCAUCUGUGGACAAAGAUGACACCCCUCAGGACAGAACUCCAAAACAGAGAAAGCUGGAUACUUUCUUCAGAAGUCCUCCCUCUUGUAAACAGGAAGCCACCCCAGAGGCUACCAGUACAUCUCUGUUUGACACAAAAGAAGAAACUCGUAGAUGUAAACCUGAUGAUUUCCCAAAAUGUACCUUCACUGGCUUCAGUAGGACUGAUCAUAUGCCAACAAACAACAAAAUCGAAUCUGCAAUUUACAUCAAAAGUACCAAGUCUGCUUCUGAGCUUGAAUCAUGGACAUCUGUUCAUGAUGGGCUUCAAAAAGAUGAAUGCCUUGCUCUGCCAUCUGAUGAAAGCUCUGCCAUCAAAGAACAACAAAAGCAAGCCAUUCCUAGCACUUUAUUUGAAGAGAGCCCACAGAAGCAUGGCGGCAUUGCCACUCCAUCAUCAGAUGAGUACAAUUCUAAGGAAGAUUCUUGUCAAAGUGAGGUUACAGUACAAAUCAAAGAGGUGAAACAACAGAACAAUAGAAUAUUUCCUCUAAGGCAAGAUUCUAAAAACCAAGAAAACACAUUUACCCAAGAAAGGGAGGCAGAUAGUGGGAAAAGUAGUCAUGCCAAAUUUCCUUUGUGUAAAUCUGUAAGUGCAACAUCGUCAACACUUUCCCUCACCAGGAGUGACUCUCCUGAUACAGAAGUAGUCAAGAGGGAAACUACAGAAGACUUUGAAACAGAAGUCCUCCCAGUCUGCUUCGACCAAGAAGCAAACAUACAUCGAAAGGAAAUCAAAGUUGCCUUCAGUAUGGACUCUUUGAGACAGAAGUUAAAAAGACGUGCAGAAAGUAAAGAGACAGCAGAGAGGAUGGGAAGGACUUUUAGGGCCAAAAUCUCCCCAACUGAUAACCAGGCAGCAGAGGAAGAGCUCAGGAGGGAAAUCAGCAAGGACAAGUUCAGACAGAUGGAGAUCCUGGGACAGUUUAACCUCGGCUUCAUCAUCACCAGACUGGGGGAAGACCUCUUCAUCAUUGAUCAGCAUGCCACAGAUGAGAAGUACAACUUUGAGAUGCUGCAGAGGAACACGGUGCUGCGGGGACAGAGGCUGAUCCAGCCGCAGAGCCUCCACCUCACCGCAGCCAACGAGAGCAUCCUCAUGGACAACAUGGACAUCUUCACCAAGAACGGCUUCGAAUUCAGCAUCCAGGAAGAUGCACCCUGUACAGAAAGAGUCAGGCUGGUGUCCAUGCCAGUCAGUAAGAACUGGACAUUUGGGAAGGAGGAUAUAGAAGAACUCAUCUUCAUGCUCAGUGAUGCACCGGGUGUGAUGUGCCGUCCGUCCCGUGUGAGACAGAUGUUCGCCUCGCGAGCCUGUCGGAAGUCGGUGAUGAUCGGUACGGCCCUGAACCGCGGGGAGAUGAGGCAGCUGCUGACUCACAUGGGAGAGAUCGAGCAGCCCUGGAACUGUCCUCAUGGCCGCCCCACCAUGAGACACCUCUUCAACCUCAACAUGCUGCCGGACUGAGCCAAACAGAAAGUCCUGCUCGUAAAGAUUCCAUUAGGAAACAUUGCUGCAGUAACAUGUUAUGU